AGCUAUCUUAUAGCAAAGUUAAUUGCCACCUCUCAGUCUAAAGUCCUAAUGAUGGGUUUGAAUAAGGGAUUAAUACUAGGUGCAGUUGGUAAAAGAUUAAUUCUACUUCAGGAUGGCAUUAGUAAUGAA